AUAAUUUUAUCUUUGUUAUUUUUGAUUCCUAUUGCUAUAUUAGGGCUUUAUUGCGAAUUAAUAGGUUGUUUGUUAAUUUUAUUUUUUGUAAGAUUUUUUAGAAAUUGGUUUUUAGGAUUUUUUAGUACAUUGUCUUUCUCUUUUGGUGGGGAUAUUUUUUCGUGGUUUUUGGUUUACUUGUCUUUGUGAAUUGUAGUUUUAAUAAUUCUUUCAGGGUUUUGUAUGAAACAUAUAGACACCAUAGCUGAUUUUUUGAUUAUUUGUAUAUCUUUACUUUUAUUUUUGGUUUUGUGUUUUUUAACUAUAAAUGUUUUUAUAUUUUAUGUUUAUUUUGAGGCUACAUUGAUUCCUACUUUGUUUUUAAUUUUUGGCUGAGGGUACCAACCAGAGCGGUUGAAUGCGGGGUUUUAUUUAUUGUUUUAUAUGCUUUUUGCUUCUUUACCCCUUUUAUUAGGUAUUGUUUAUUUGGGUUUUAUAUCAGGAAGAUUUGUUUGAUGAUUUUUAGAAGGAGCUAAUAAUUUUUAUUUACAUUUGUCUAUGAUUUUAGCUUUUUUGGUUAAAAUGCCUAUGUUUAUUUUUCAUUUUUGAUUACCCAGGGCUCAUGUUGAGGCUCCUGUUUUUGGUUCUAUAAUUUUAGCUGGUGUUUUAUUAAAAUUAGGUGGUUAUGGUUUAAUUCGUGUUAUAUCUUUUUUGUAUAUAUAUUAUGUUAAUGUUUCUUAUAUUAUAAUUAGUUUAGGAUUGUUAGGUUCUGUAAUUGCUAGUUUUGUUUGUUUAUUUCAAAUUGAUAUUAAAUGCUUAAUUGCUUAUUCUUCAGUUGCUCAUAUAAGUUUAGUUAUUUGUGGUUUGUUUACUUUUAAUUUGUCAGGAUUAAUAGGUUCUUUUGUUUUAAUAUUAGGUCAUGGGUUGUGUUCUUCUGGAUUAUUUGUUUUAGCUAAUGUAAUAUAUGAACGUUCUUUAAGACGAAGAUUGUUUAUUAAUAAGGGUUUUAUUUCAAUUAUGCCUUCUAUAAGUUUGUUUUGAUUUAUAUUUAGAGCUAAUAAUAUAUCUAGUCCUCCUUCUUUAAAUUUGUUAGGUGAAGUAUUACUGUUGAAUAGUAUUAUAAGUUGAAGAAAUUUAGCUAUGGUGUUUUUAAUGAUUAAUUCUUUUAUAAGUUGUUGUUACAGAAUCUAUUUAUAUUGCAUAACUCAGCAUGGGGUUUUUUAUAAAGGUGGGUUUUUUAGUUCUAGUGCUAGAAUUCGGGAUUUUUUAUUAAUUUUUAUACAUUGGUUUCCUUUGAAUUUUUUUGUUUUUAAGGUGGAUUUUCUCUUUGUUUUUUUAUAA